GGGGAGCGGGCUGGGGGGACCCUCCCCGCGGGUGGGGAGGCGCUGCCCCCGUCCUCCGACACCCCGGGGCCGGGGCCGGGGCCGGGCCCUGGGCGAGCCGCUCUCACGCCUUUCCCGGGCGGGCCCGCAGGGGCGAUGGGACGGUAAUCGGGGUGAGGGAAACGCGGCACCCCGCCGACGGCCGCGCCGGCCCCUCCGCCUGGGCCUUCCCGCUCCGGCGGACCGCAGCGCUGGGGGAGCAGACGCCCCCCUCCCGGAGCGGUUGCCUUUACCCCGUUGUGCUUUGGGGGAAACUGAGGACCCUCAAGGCAAGGCAGGCCGGACAAGAUGAAGCUCAUCAUCCUGGACGACUAUUCUCAGGCCAGCGAGUGGGCGGCCAAAUACAUCAGGAACCGCAUCAUCCAGUUUAACCCAGGGCCAGACAAGUACUUCACCCUGGGGCUCCCCACUGGGAGCACCCCCCUUGGCUGCUAUAAGAAGCUGAUUGAAUACUACAAGAAUGGGGACCUGUCCUUUAAAUAUGUGAAGACCUUCAACAUGGACGAGUAUGUGGGCCUUCCUCGAGAACACCCAGAGAGUUACCACUCCUUCAUGUGGAACAACUUCUUCAAGCACAUUGACAUCCACCCGGAAAACACCCACAUUCUGGACGGGAAUGCAGCUGACCUACAGGCUGAAUGUGAUGCCUUUGAAGAGAAGAUCAAGGCUGCAGGCGGGAUCGAGCUAUUUGUUGGAGGAAUUGGCCCCGAUGGACACAUAGCCUUCAAUGAGCCGGGCUCCAGUCUGGUGUCCAGGACCCGUGUGAAGACGCUGGCCAUGGACACCAUCCUGGCCAACGCCAGGUUCUUUGAUGGAAAGCUCGCCAACGUGCCCACCAUGGCCUUGACAGUGGGCGUGGGCACUGUCAUGGAUGCUAGAGAGGUGAUGAUCCUCAUCACAGGUGCUCACAAGGCGUUUGCUCUGUACAAGGCCAUCGAGGAGGGAGUGAACCACAUGUGGACCGUGUCUGCCUUCCAGCAGCAUCCCUGCACUGUGUUCGUGUGUGACGAGGAUGCCACCUUGGAGCUGAAAGUGAAGACUGUCAAGUAUUUCAAAGGUUUAAUGCUUGUUCAUAACAAGUUGGUGGACCCCUUGUACAGUAUCAAAGAGAAAGAAAUUGAGAAAAGCCAGUCUUCUAAGAAACCAUACAGCGACUAGCCUGUGCUGGGGCCUACUAUCAAGUACCUCAUUGGGACAGGCAGGUCUUUCUGGAAAUCGUCUUUAGGAGAACAGAAUUGUAUUUCUUUAAUCCAGUAUGGUUACGUCAGAUAAGUGGAUGAAACCUAUUGUUCUUGGCUUUCAGGCUAGGAGCCUAGUCAUGAGGUUUAGCUACAGGGAGAAUAAUUAUAACUUAAUCAGGAAAAAAAAAAAAAUCUCUGAAAAAUGUAUAGCAUCAUUUUGAUGUCUACCAAACCCAGGUUAGGAGUUUUUAACUUUUUGUUAUGCCUCAGCCACUGUUGAUAUGUACAACACACUCCCGUCAUAAAUUCCUAUCCUUAUGUGCACCGAUUCUCAAGUGGGAGGGAAUUAGGGGUUUGUGUGUAUUGAACACAGCCUCUCUGGAGAGUCUUGGCAGCUCCUCUAUAUGGGCCUGCCCCUAUUUGAGAAUCAUUGUUCCAGAUUAAGGCACAAGCUCUCUCAGUGCAAGGAAGCAGUCUCUGUUCGGUAACAAGUGCUGUGGAAGACAGUAUCCUUGCAGCUGGCCCUUCCAUGAACUGGGAGGACUCCUUGGGGGAAGGAUCUGGGUGGGUGGGGCCAAAGAGGUGGCUUUUGCUGAUAAACUCCAGGGGCCCAGCCACGUCAAACUUCUCUCCCUCAGGGACCCCCCGGCACCAAGAGGGGGAAGGCGGAAGCCCUUUUCCCACCAGAGCCCUAUGUUUUUGUCAGAGGUCUCACUGUGGCUCCUCUCUUGUAUACUCAUUAGUAAGGAGGUGGCCCGCUGGGUCAGUAGACACUGCCACGACUUCAGUGUUGCGUGUAGCCGGAGUGACGUGAGUUCCGUUGCAACACACAAAUGUCAUGCUCUCCUGCUUCCCUAAGAGCUGAGUGCCAAGACAACAUACCGAAUGCUUCUAAUACUGUUCCCCCACUUAAAACACCCUGCUCUUCUAGCCCUCUUGGGUUCACAUGGUGUGGCCUGAUGCUCUCAGAGCAUCAGGAAAUACAACCCUUUUGCCCAUUUCUCCUUCACCCCUGGCUCCCAAGAUGGUUUGUUGCUCCGCCUUCCUUUUACUCUUUAAGCCUUGUGGAGUGGAUGCUGCUGCCUCCUCCCUGUUCUGGUGCCUGUUUGAAGCUACUGCUGCCUCUAAUUCUGGGAGAGACCUUUCAGAGCCUGGCUCAGGCCUCUCUGUAAGUGUUGUGUUUGGUACCAGUGUUUCUUCUUUAGCUUUUGUAUGUAAUUGUGCUGGUAAUCUGUUUUAAGCUAAUGGAUCAAUGGAUUUGUUUAUAAUGUGAUAUUUUCUAUUAAAUCCAAUAUUUUCAAAUAAAAAUCUGUCAUUUGUAAAUUUCAA